AUGAGUGAUGGUGAAGAACACCCAGUUAUAGGACGACAACGAAAGAGAGUCAUGACAGAAAAAGGAUUGACAUAUCAUCUCGAACAUCGAUGCAAGUUCAGGCAGAGAGCUGAUAAGGAGCUUUCCAACUUAAAAGAACUGGAACAAAGUGAAAUAAAUGACCAAGAAUUAGAUGAAUCUCUCGUAAACAAGGAUGAACAUUUUCACAGUGAGAUAUCUGAAAGAAAGGAAAUUGUGACACUUAACCCGUACGCUCCUUCGUGGGAAGACCAAAGGAACUAUUUUCAGUCAUGUGCAACAUCCAAUGUUGACACUCGUCAAAUGCCACAAAGUACACCAUAUGUACCCCAACUUACCAGUGCUUUUCAUAGAAGAUCUCAGGAUCAGUCAUACAGAGCAAGGAAUAUAUCAGGAGAUAAUUAUAGUGCAUAUAUUCCUACUCCACCUCGCAUGGAUGAAAAUACUAUAUACAGCAUUUCUCCAAAUCAGCAACCGUGUUCCACACUUCCACUACCAGUUCCAAACUAUGGUAAUCAUGAGAUGCUUACAGUAGCACGUGAACUGAACAAACCAAAGGCAGAAAUACAAAAAUUUGAUGGAAAUCCUAUGGAAUAUCACAGGUUUCUACGACAAUUCAACACAAGAAUUUGUGAAAAUACUGAUUCUUAUGUGGAGCGACUGAACUUUUUAUUACAAUUCACCAUAGGCGAAGCACACAAAAUCGCGUUAGGAUUUUCUCACAUGAAUGCAGAAAAUGGCUACAAUGCAGCACUAGAGGAAUACAAGGACAGAUAUGGAGACCCUGAUAUUAUAGCCCAAGCUUAUGUGAAAAAGGCAUUGGAUUGGCCUAUUAUAAAACCAGACGGUGCAAAGGACACGUACGGAAUUUUCCUCAAAGAGUGUCAGUUCGCAAUCCAAAAUGUGGAAGCUGUCAGAAUAUUAGAAUAUUCAGAAAACUUGAAACAGUUAGUGAAAAAGUUGCCUUAUUACUUGCAUGAAAAAUGGAGAAAUAUAGUGUACGAACUGAAGCAAAGAAAAGAAAUCGUAAAGUUCCAUCAUCUUGUCAACUUCGUUCACAAAGAAGCAAAGAAAGCCACAUACCCAAUUUACGGAAGAGAAGUCAUGAGCACUUCAAAGGCAGUCGUUAAAAAUUCACAGGAUAACCAAACUGGGAAAAUAACAAAGUUUUCUACUACACACAAAAACUUUGCAAUUACAACAAAGGAACCAUCUAAGGAUUCAGAAGUAUGCGAUAAUGAAAACACUACACAAAAGAAGUCAAGGACAGGAAUCGCAUUUACAAAGCCGUUUGCAUUUUGUCAAGAAACUCAUACCAUGAAUAUUUGUAAAAAAUACAUAACCUUGUCCCUGAAGGACAGAUAUACAUUCUUGAAGUCAAAAGGACUGUGUUUCGGUUGCUUGAGAUCUGGUCACUUAAAGAGUAAUUGUCAACGGAAGUUGUCUUGUGCACAUUGUAAGAAACUUCACCCUAGCGUUCUUCAUGUUGACCCUCAGAAGAAAAAUGAAGGUUACGGAAUACCAAGUCAUUCAAACAGUGGCAGUGGAGCAACAUCAUUGUCAGUGGCUGCUCAUAUGGGGGCUGGAGACUCCGUAAAGCAAGCACUCCCCAUUGUACCUGUUAGACUAAAAUCUAAAUGUAGUGAUAAAUAUCUGACAACUUACGCUUUCCUAGAUUCUGGUAGCAAUGCUACAUUUUGUUUAGAGUCACUUACCGACUUGUUGAACGUGGAAGGAAAGAGAACCAAAUUGAAUUUAGUUACUAUGGGACAGGAAAAGGUUCACGACAGUUACGUUAUUUGUGGUUUGGAAGUGAGCGACCUAAAUGGUGACAAUACCAUUGAGCUACCACCUGUUUUUACACAAUCUACAUUACCAGUGUCCAAGAAGGAUGUGAUUUCCCUGGAAGAUGUGAAAAGGUGGCCACACUUACAUGGUGUUGAAUUGAAUGUGAUCGAUUGUGACAUUGGACUUCUGAUCGGAGUAAAUGUGCCAAAAGCAUUGGAGCCUUGGGAAAUUAUUCCCAGUGCUAGUAAUGGACCCUUUGCAGUGAAAACAUUACUAGGUUGGGUUAUCAACGGACCACUUGAAGUGAUUAUGAAUAAUGACAACUACAGUACAUCGGUGUCUGUCAAUCGCAUUGAUGUAAGGAAACUGGGAAAACAGAUUCGUGACCAAUUUAACUAUGAUUUCAGUGAGAGAAUAAUUGAUGAUGUUCAUGAACCAUCCAAAAAUGACAGGAAAUUCUUAGAACGUGUAUCUAAUUCAAUUCGUUAUGAGAAUGGUCACCAUACGAUUGGACUUCCUUUUAAGUAUGACAAUGUGAGCUUAUCAAACAACAGGAAGCAAGCCGUCCAAAGAUUGUCGUUUAUUGCCAAACGAUUCAACCGUGAUAAAAACCUUCACAAAGAGUAUUGUGAUUUCAUGGACAAGAUCAUAAGUGAAGGAUACGCCGUCAAGGUACCAGCUGAAGAACUCGGUCUAGAUGACGGAAGAGUGUGGUAUUUGCCACACCAAGGAGUUUAUCACCCAAAGAAAAGGAAGUUGAGAGUGGUGUUCGAUUGUGCAGCUAGAUAUCAAGGCACUUCAUUAAAUGACCAACUUCUACCAGGACCAAAUCUGACUAAUACACUUGUCGGUACACUAUUGAGAUUCAGGCAAGACGAGAUCGCAGUGAUGGGAGAUAUUGACAGUAUGUUCCAUCAAGUACAUUUACCUCGUCAAGAUAACAGUUUUCACAGAUUUUUGUGGUGGAUGGAUGGAGAUACCAGUAAGCAAACCAAUGAGUAUCAGAUGGUCGUGCAUUUGUUUGGUGCAUCUUCAUCACCCAGUUGUGCCAACUAUGCUCUAAGGAAAACUGCCAAAGAUUCUGAAGGACUUUUCGAUACCGAGGUUAUCAAUACUGUGAUAAGGAACUUUUAUGUAGACGACUGUCUCAAGUCAGUUAAAACUGUUGACGAUGCUGUCAGUUUAGUUAAGAAUUUGCAAAAAUUGCUAAUGAAAGGAGGAUUUCACAUAGCGAAGUGGAUUAGCAACAAUAGAGACGUCAUGAUGUCCAUUCCAGUUUCAGAAAGAGCAAAAGAAGUGAAGGAUUUAGACUUAGAUCAUGAUACCCUUCCAAUGGAGAGAGCUCUAGGAGUACAGUGGUGCGUGGAAUCGGAUGCAUUUUGCUUCAAAAUUGAAGUAAAGGAACAACCGCUUACUAGGAGAAGAAUAUUAUCGAUGAUAAGCAGUGUAUUUGAUUCUUUGGGAUUCUUGGCACCAUUCGUAUUGAGGGCAAAGAAAAUACUCCAAAAUUUCUCCAAACUUCAACUUGGAUGGGAUGAUGAAAUUCCUGAGAACCUUGCUAUACAGUGGAACAAUUGGUUCAGUGAUUUGCAAAAAUUAUCUAAUUUCACGAUAGAAAGGUGUAUAAAACCCGUUGGAUUCGGAACGUUGUGUUCUGUUCAGUUACAUCAUUUCGCGGAUCAAACUACCAUUCCAAGGCUAGAAGUGACAGCAGCAACAGUUGCUGUGCGCACAGACAAAAUGUUGAAAGCAGAAUUAGACAUUCCUAUAGACGAAAGUAUGUUCUGGACAGAUAGCACGACCGUGUUGCGUUAUAUAGGAAAUGAGACGUCUAGAUUUCAAACAUUCGUAGCAAAUAGACUCGCUGUGAUUCAUGAGGGAUCAAGACCAUGUGAAUGGCACUACAUUAAUACCAAACUCAACCCUGCAGAUUAUGCAUCAAGAGGACUCUCUGCAGAUGAGAUCAUACAGCAUGACUACUGGAUCAAGGAUCCUGACUUUUUAUGGGCUCCAGCUGAACAAUGGCCAAAAACACCACCAGGAAUACUAGAAGGAACGACGGAUGUUGAUCCAAAAGUUAAGGCAUGUGUCAGAGCUGCAGUAGCCAAUAUACAAAAACCAAGUGAUGUCAUGGAGAGUGUUAACAAACUACUCAAUUAUCAUUCGUCUUGGUACAGCCUAAGGAAGAGUGUCACAUGGAUUCUGAAGAUACGCAAAGAACUGUUACGUCGUAUCCAACAAAGGAGUUACAAAAGUGGUGGUGAUGAAUCAUCCGACGUCAAAGUCCCUUCUACACAUUACAACAUGGGACAUAUUUCAUUUCAAGACUUGACAGAAGCGGAAACUGCUAUUUUGUCUUAUGUUCAACAUAAAACAUUUGCUGAUGAACUACAUACACUUGCGGAUAAACAUUCAUAUGUGAAACGAAGCAGUUGUAUACGAAAACUUGACCCGGUUUUGGAUAAAAACGAUGGACUUUUGCAUGUCGGUGGACGACUUCACAGAGCCAGUAUGCCAGCAGAAAGUAAACAUCUUUGA